GUAGCUCUCUCCUGGCACGCGCUGAGGAUUACCGCUGUUGUUUGGAGCUGGGAGGAGGAGGAAAAAGUAGUCUGCGUUAAGUACUCCCACCGUGGCAUGUACCAGAGAGGGGUCAGCAUACAAGCGGGUAUGUUCACAUAGAAGAAACUGACGCGAAAACACACAAACUGGAUGUCUUAAUGCAGGUGACCACGGCGUGUCAGACGAGCACCAACUAUGAGCUGGGUUCUCAGAGAUCCUGCAAGAGUGUGGAGAUAAGACGCAAGCAGUCCCGGAGUCAGAGCGUGGUGCCAGCCAUGGAGGAGCACUAUGAGGUGGACUUGGUCUACAUCACGGAGAGGAUCAUCUCUCUGUCCUUCCCCACCUCGGCAGAAGAGCGCUCCUACACCAACCAUCUGAAGGAGGUGGCCAGCAUGCUGAGGUCCAAACACGGGGAGCACUACCUGGUACUCAAUCUCAGUGAGCGAAGAAACGACCUGAUAAAGUUGAAUCACAAGGUUCUGGAGUUCGGCUGGCCAGACCACCACGCACCAGCCCUGGACAAGAUCUGCAGCAUGUGUAAGGCCAUAGACACGUGGCUCAACGGAGACCCGCACAACGUGGUGGUCCUGCAUAACAAGGGGAAUAGAGGGCGCACAGGAGUGGUGGUGGCCGCUUACAUGCACUACAGCAACAUCUCCGCAAGCGCAGACCAGGCUUUGGACAGGUUCGCCAUGAGACGCUUCUAUGAGGACAAGGCACUUCCGGUGGGGCAACCGUCACAAAUAAGAUAUGUCAGAUACUUCAACGGCCUUCUCUCCGGACACAUCAAAAUCAACAACAAACCCCUGUUCCUCCACCACGUCAUCAUGCACGGCAUCCCCAACUUCGAAUCCAAAGGAGGCUGCCGUCCCUUCCUCAAGAUCUACCAGGCCAUGCAGCCAGUCUACACGUCAGGAAUAUAUAAUGUACAAGGAGACAGCAACACAAGUAUCUGCAUAACCAUAGAGCCCGGCCUGCUUUUGAAAGGAGACAUCUUGUUGAAAUGUUACCACAAAAGAUUCCGAAACCCGACUCGAGACGUGGUAUUCCGGGUGCAGUUCCACACAUGUGCCAUCCACGACCUGGGGGUGGUGUUCGGGAAGAGUGAGCUGGAUGAGACUUUUAAAGAUGACAGAUUUCCAGAGUAUGGGAAGGUGGAGUUUGUGUUCUCUUAUGCACCAGAGAAAAUUAAAGGGUUGGGGCACCUGGAGAAUGGACCAAGUGUGUCUGUGGACUACAACACCCAGGACCCUCUGAUCCGCUGGGACUCCUAUGACAACUUCAACGCCCGCUGUGAGGAUACUGUGGAGGGGGAGCCAGAUGCUGAUCACACUCAAGGCCCUAUCGACGGAAGCCUAUAUGCCCGGGUCCGCAAAAAAGACUCCCUGGAGGGGGUGGUCACCAUCAACGGCCUCCCAGUCCACGAGAACCCUCUGACCAAUGCAGAAAGCUCCAUCCAGACCACCAACCACUCCCUCCAGACAACCGACCAAACCAUCCCCGCCACUGGCCCCACUGCCCUCCCCGCCGUCGACCACACCCUCUCCGUGAGCAGCGACUCGGGCAACUCCACCGCCUCCAUCAAGACCGACCGCACCGAUGAGCACAGCCAGUCCCUGCAGGGUGGGGUGAGCGCCAACAACCCGGCAGUGACCCACCCGCCCCUCAGCCCGCAGGAGAAGAGAGAGCUCGACCAGCUUCUGAGCGGACUCGAACCCCCGAACCAGCGCCAAGCCUACCUGUCCACGUCGACCAGCCCGGGAGGUGGAGUGAGGCAUCUUGUCCCGGCGCAGGUGCACGUCAACGGUGGUCAUAACAGAGCAAUCAGCGCGCCUACGGAAGAACGGGAGACGGAUAUUCUUGAUGACGAACUGCCGAUCAGUCAAGAAGGCAAUAGUGUGGACAGUUUAGGCACGAUUUCUUCUUUGGACGGUCAAGCUACUCCAGCGGAUCUUUACUACCAAUCGCAAACUCCGGUCAGCCAAAACGACGGGCCCUACCUUGAGCGAGGGGGCGAGAAAUUAACCGAGAUGCCUGUGCACGGAUCUAGGACUCCCACCACGAUGCAAGACCACGGCGUUGACUCUCCAUCCCCGCAGGGAGGAUACAACAACUACCAGAAUGGGAAUGGGAUGUACCGUUCACAGUCUGGCAGCAGUCCGGAGACGAACCCCAAGCUGAUGCCGAGAGCCCCAGAGAGAAGCACUAGUAGCAGAGAGGCGGUUCAAAGAGGGCUGAACAACUGGCACCAGUACAGUCUCCCUGAUGAUCCCUUCGGUCCUCCGCUGCAGUCCACCCAUAGCCUCCCGCACUUCCCAACCACAGCUUCUCAGAGGGACAUCGAGCAGUCCAUCGAAGCCCUAAACAUGCUAAUGCUCGACCUGGACCCCAUCAACUCCCAUAUGUCCAAGUCCCACAGCGCGCCCACGGGGGAGAACAACCUCAGCGCGACCCAGGUUCCUUUCUCCCAAACCUUAGCAAGACCGUCGUACCAGGCGGACUCCGCGAUCCACGGAUAUAAUAAUAAUUCUGGUCCUGUCAACAGCGCCUUCCACCAACCCCAGCGCUCGCCAGGGAGGAUUUCAGCAAUGCCCAACCAGAGCCCCGUCAUGGAAUCGCCCACUUUCUCCCCGCAGCGUUCCAGUGCCGGUUACCAAAACACCACCCCUUCGCAAACCCCAGAACCUUACAUCCAUUCUCGGCAGGCAACGCCACAUUACACCGAACAGUCCAAUUUCAACCAGCAGAAACCUAUGAACUCAUACCAGGGAGGAGCAGUGUCCCACUCCCCAGACCUCCAGGGUUCAUCGCCAUACCCGGGCUACAGUGCCUCCUCCUCUCCCAUCCCAGCACACACGCCCCAGCCCAAGGAAACCUCCUCCACAUCUUUGGCCAGAGAACAGGAUCCAGAGGAAGAGCUCAACCUGGAAGGCCUGGUGGCUCACAGAAUUGCGGAGUACAACGCUCGGAUCCGGGGCAUCAGCGAGAGCAUCACCCCCCAGUCCGACCGCCUCCGCUCCUAUUCCUUCUCUGGAGUCAGAUCGAGAGGAAUGACCCCUGAAGUGACGCAGGAAACAGGCCGUCGUCGGACCACCAGCGAGGGGCAGUACCAGAGCAGCCUUGAAAACCGCUCCGGUGUCAAUUCUCCGGACUUCGCCCAGAACUUGGCCCUCAAUCCUGGAGGAAGACCGAGAGAAGGCCCUAUGCACAGCUACCGUGAGGCGUUCGAGGACCGUGAGGGCGGCGGCAGUCCAACGUUCAGAGGCGGUGGUGAGAGCUCCCCCAUGACCCCAUGCUUCCCCGUGUCACCACAGACUCCUUACUUCAACAUGAGCCGUACUCCUCCUGGACUGGCCAAAACUCCCCUGUCUGCCCUGGGAAUGAAGCCACACGCACACGGAGGAUCAGAUGGUGUAAUGGAAUCCAGAGCACAACAAGUCUCAGCCCCCAUCACCUCCAGAAGUCCUGUGCACGCCACUGAUGGCAGAGUCCCCAUCAGACCCGGGUCUCCUGAGGGCUCGCAGGUGAAUAUCAUGGGUCUGCACACGGUCCCAGGCAGCCCCAACACCCUGCACCGCACCGUGGCCACGAACACGCCCCCCAGCCCCGCCCUGCAGAGACGCCUGGGUCAGGGCAGCCCCUCCCUCGCCCGCCACCAGCCCCCGCCCGUGCCCUCCAGCCCACUCAUCGCCCGCAAAGCGCCUGCCGCCGCUGCAGUAGCGGGCACGGGCGCAGCCAUACCCCCCAGUCCCCUCAUGGGCAGGAGACCCACCCCCAGCGGUCACAGCACGCCGGACGACACGAGCUCCCGCCACACGCCCGCCUUUCAAGCGUCCCCGCAGCUGCCCGAUAAAAGACACAUGUCCAGUGGUGACGCCGAGAGGACAGACAACAAGAAUCUCACACCCACUCCAGCCAGCGGGGGCAGCACUCCCAACCUGACAGGGACGCACAUGCUCCCAGACACACCCAAGUCCAUAUAUGACGGCUAUCCCGACAUCAAAAUGAACGUCAAGUUUGUCCAGGACACGUCCAAGUUUUGGUACAAGCCGGACAUCUCCAGAGAACAAGCGAUCAAUCUGCUGAAGGACAGGGAGCCAGGCGCGUUCAUCAUCCGGGACAGUCACUCUUUCCGCGGGGCCUACGGGCUGGCUAUGAAGGUGGCCUGCCCCCCUCCCACCAUCCAGCAGAACAAGAAAGUGGGGGAUAUGACCAACGAGCUGGUGAGACACUUCCUGAUUGAGACCAGUCCAAAAGGAGUCCGGCUUAAGGGCUGUCCCAACGAACCCUACUUCGGUUGUCUGUCCGCUCUGGUGUACCAACACUCCAUGACCCCCCUGGCUCUGCCCUGUAAGCUCAUGAUCCCCACUAAAGACCCGAAUGAAGAAGCCCUGGAACUGGCCACACCCACAGACCCGGUGGUGGAGCUCCUCAAACAGGGAGCAGUCCAGAAGCCUCCUGAAGAAGCCCACGCCUGCAACGUCCUCUACAUCAACUCCGUGGACAUGGAGUCUCUCACGGGUCCCCAGGCCAUCGCCAAAGCCAUCACCCAGACGCUGUCCACCAACCCCCUGCCCGCCGCCACCACCGUCCACUUCAAGGUGUCCGCGCAGGGCAUCACACUCACCGACAGCCACAGGAAGAUUUUCUUCAGAAGACAUUAUCCCCUCAACACGGUUACCUUCUGCGAUAUUGAUCCCCAGGACAGAAAAUGGGGCAAAGAAGGAGGUGGUUUAGUAAGGCUUUUUGGUUUUGUGGCGAGGAAACAAGGAAGCACAACGGACAACGUGAGCCACCUGUUCGCCGAGCUGGAGCCGGAUCAGCCCGCCUCCGCCAUCGUCAGCUUCGUGUCGCGGAUGAUGAAGCGGUGAAAGCCCCUGUGCGCGCGGCGGCCAUACCGGACCUCCUCCUCCUCCGUCAUUGGUGUCUCUCUCACCGGGAAGACUUUUUGAUUUUCGUCCCGUCUCUUUUGCCUUGCUGGUUUGUCUUGAGUUUUUUCAAAGGCUGUGGAUUGGAACGGAUGCACGGUGGCGCUAGAGGAAGUGCGAGUGGAGCUGGGAAUGUGACAAACGGCGGCCAUU